AUGAGAUUGUUUAUCAAUUAUCAUUACCAUGAUUCCAUCAUUGCUAGAAUACCAUUACCUUCUCACUUUUUUAUUUUUACAGAAAUCCUCAAAACUUCCAUGGAAAAGCUUCACACUACCAUUACUAUUAUUUUCAAUUUAUAUCUUAUCUUAUAUGCUCAUCUCUGUUCACUCAUACUUCCCUCUUCAGCUUACACUCUGCCUGACAAGUACUUCAUCAACUGCGGAUCAGAUUCUAACGCCAGUCUCGGACCCGAUCGGACCUUUUCGGGUGACCUCCCUUACUUGGUUAGUCCAAAUAAAGCUGUUAAAUCCACCAGUUCAUCGGCGAGCUCAUCACUCUAUCAAUCCGCCAGAGUUUUUCACGAAAAAGGCUCGUCUUCAUAUCAGUUUCAAAUUGAGAAGCAAGGAACAUAUAUUAUCCGACUCCAUUUCUUUGUUUUUUCUUCGGCAGGAGUUGAUUUUUCCGAUGCUUUAUUCAAUGUUCACGCUUCUAGGUUCCGAUUAUUAUCCGAUUUCAGCGUUUCCGAAAAGAAUUCGCUCAUAAUCGAGGAGUUUUUGCUCACAAUUAAUACAGGAAAGUUCUUAAUAGACUUCAUACCUUCAGGAAAAUCAUCUUUUGCUUUUGUAAAUGCUAUAGAAGUGUUUCCUGCACCAGAAAGCUUCAUUCCUGAUUACGCAGCUCGAAUUACUUCGGCAGGAAGUAACGGAACUUACAGCGAGCUUCUUACUCGAGCUUUGCGUAAAAUUUACAGGAUCAAUGUUGGAGGUCCUUUAGUCACAGCUGUGAAUGAUAGUCUCUGGAGAAAUUGGAUUCCGGAUGAUGAAUUCUUGUCCGAUCCUGAAACUGCGAAUAAUUGUCCACGCUAUGAAGGCUCUUUGCUUCGGAGGCAGGCGUCGGAAUUUAUUGCUCCGGAUCAUGUGUAUAAAACUGCUAAAGAAUUGAAACUGCCGAGUGUUUCUAAUAUAACAUGGGAGUUUAAGGUCCGUAAGAAUUCGACACACUUCGUUCGCGUUCAUUUUUGCGACAUUACUGGUUCGCCACUCGGUACUCUUGUGUUUAAUCUUGACAUUGAUGCGAAGUUCAUCAUGAAUAUUAGUCAAUAUGAUAUAACUCGGCAAAAUGCAUCUCCGUUUUACUUCGAUUUUGUUGUAGACUCUGAUGAUUCAGGAUUGAUGAAUGUAAGUAUGCAGCAGAACAAUGAAUCCGCAAUUAAAAAUGUGUUUUUGAAUGGUCUGGAGAUUAUGGAAAUAAUGGAAAGAACAUUGCCUGUGGUAAGAAAAACAAAGAUGAACAGAUAUGUUUCUAUUUUCGGUUCACUUGCUGCUGUUCUGUUUCUUCUGAUUGCAGUAGUAGUUUUGUUGCUGAUUCUGAAAUUUCGCAGAGCCAAAUCAGCUUAUCGAACUUCAGGAAGGCCAUUUUCUGCUCCUCUUUUUGGAGGAAGUGAAAAAAAAGAAAAUGUGUUCCUAGCUAAAGAGCUGAACUUGGCGUUAAAGAUGUCAUACGUCGAAAUAAAGCGAUGCACAAAAAACUUUAACUCGAAAAUGUUGCUCGGUGAGGGCGGAUUCGGUAAAGUGUACAAAGGAACUCUUCGCGGAGAUGUUAAAGUCGCAGUAAAAAGAAGUGAACCAGGGCACGAUCAGGGGAUUUUGGAGUUUCAAACUGAGAUCAUGAUCUUAUCCCAAAUUCGCCACCGUCAUCUUGUUUCGUUGAUGGGGUAUUGCGACGAAAGAUCUGAAAUGAUAUUAAUCUAUGAAUUCAUGGAAAAGGGAACACUAAGAGAACAUCUCUACACUUCAGAUGACAAAUCUGAAAACUAUACUUCAACAUCAGAACUUUCUUGGGAACAAAGGCUUAAAAUCUGCAUUGAUUCUGCUAAAGGACUAGAUUAUCUACAUACGGGAUUGGCAAGAAGAAUCAUCCACCGUGAUGUUAAGUCAACGAACAUCCUUCUGAACGAAGAUUACGUAGCUAAAGUUGCCGAUUUUGGUCUUUCCAAAUCGGGUCCUGUCGAUCCUGAAGAUAACACAGGUGUAAAAGGAAGUUUCGGUUAUCUUGACCCGGAAUAUUUCAUGAAUCUACAGCUGACAGAAAAAUCCGAUGUGUACUCUUUCGGAGUAGUACUUCUCGAAAUACUUUGCGCAAGACCCGUGAUAAUUGCAUCGGAUAGAAGGGAGGAAGUUAACUUAGCGGAAUGGGGAUUGCUUUGGCAGAAGAAAGGCGAGCUAGAGAAGAUUGUCGAUCCUUGUCUAGUCGGUAGAAUUUUCCCGAAUUCAUUGCGGAAAUUUGGCGCAACGGCUGAGAAAUGCUUGAGGGGAAAUAGCAUAGAGAGGCCUAUGAUGAAUCAUGUGCUGUGGGACUUGGAAUUUGCAUUGCGGCUUCAACAAACUUGGAUGCAUAAGGAGGUGGAUGGGGACAGUAUGAACAAUACUUCCUUGGAAUUGGGAUUGGAAGCUGUUCAUCGCUUGCCAUCGAAUAAAGUUCGUGUUGAAGACGACGAUUCAUUCCCUGGAGGUGGUGGUGAUUCUACAAUGUUGAUGGCUAGUGGGGAAUUCUCGCAACUGAGGAUUGAUCACGGUAGAUAAUAAAUCUCUUCAGGCCAGUUUCCUGAUAAAUGUGAAUGGUAUUAUACAAGAUAAUAAGUUUGUUUUCAUUUUUCAGUUGCUGUGUAUAAUUAUCAUCCUGAGAAUUCUCCUAAGAACUAGAAAGAUACCUUUGUCCUGGCUGCAGAAUAAUGUAUUUUUUUAUCUGAUCUCCUAAACAAUGGCAAAAUUAAAACUACUUUUC